AGCACUCCUUAGCUCCUGGGAUGCGAGAGGGAGAGGCCCGAGGAGGUCCUGGGGCUGGGCGUAAGCACGUCCCCGGAAAAGGUCUGAGAGCGAAAGAGACUGGUCCUCGGAGGAGCUGCUGGAAGCUACCGGGAAGGCACCCGCGGGGACCUUGCUAGGGCCCCUCCCCUUCGGGGGCAUGCAAUGGAGUUUCCAGAACACAGCCAGCAGCUGCUCCAGAGCCUCCGGGAGCAACGUUCCCAGGGUUUCCUUUGUGACUGCACCGUGAUGGUGGGCAGCACCCAGUUCCUAGCCCACCGGGCCGUGCUGGCCUCCUGCAGCCCCUUCUUCCAGCUUUUCUACAAGGAGCGGGAACUGGACAAGAGGGACCUGGUGUGUAUCCACAACGAGAUUGUCACGGCGCCCGCCUUUGGGCUGCUGCUGGACUUCAUGUAUGCAGGCCAGCUGGCCCUGUGGGGGGAGACCCCCGUGGAGGAUGUGUUGGCAGCCGCCAGCUACUUGCACAUGAACGACAUCGUCAAGGUGUGUAAGCGCCGGCUGCAGGCCCGGGCCCUGGCAGAGGCCGACAGUACCAAGAAGGAGGAGGAGACCAGCCCGCACACCCCGAGCUUGGAGUUUUUGUCCAGUAGCUCCCAUGGCUUCCAGCCUGCCUUGGCUUCCGAGGAGACAUCGGGCCACUGGGCCAAAGGGGACUGGAAAGGCCCUGCCGCCCCCUCGCCUACUGUCCGUCCUCCGGAUGAGCUCUCAAUGCCCGGUGGGGCCGACACCACACAGCCUGGCGUGGAAGUGGACUCCCCGCAUCUCCGGGCACCUCCCCCGCCGACAGGAGCUGAGGUGGCGCUUGCCAGCCCCAGUAGCUCUACAGAGACCCUUCCUGGCAACUACUACUCCCCGGGCCUCGCAACGGUUUCAGCAGAGCCCUUGGCUCCUCUUCACGUGGGGCCUGAGAGUCUGAGGGUGGUGGAAACGAGGGGUGCUGGAGGGCCCCUGCAAGGCUACUAUCCCCCUGCCCCAGCCCCAGCCCCCACCCCUGCCUCUGCCCCUGCUGCAGCACCAGAUGCACCCCAGGCCCCAGCCCCAGCCGAAGCUGAGCUGGUUCAGGUGAAAGUAGAAGCUAUUGUGAUCUCUGAUGAGGAGUCUGAUGUGGCAGAGGAACAGCCCCGGGGCUCUGGGGAGCUCUUCGCAUCUGGAGGUGCCGUGUUUGGGGGGCGGCCUCCCCAGCCAGAGGCGUUUGAGGAGCCUGGGCAAGCAGGAUUGGCGGAGGUGGGGCCAAGUGACCAGUACUUGCCCCCUGACCUUCACCUACCCUACCAUCUGCUGCCAGGGCCAGGGCAGUAUCACCGAGCGCUGGUGACCUCGCCCCUGCCCACGCCCCCUGUCCUGCACGAACCCCUUUUCAUGCCUUCCGAGUAUGAAGCAGCCCCCGGAAGCUUCGGGGUCUUUACGGAGGAUGUGCCCACCUGCAAGACGUGUGGUAAGACCUUCUCCUGUUCUUACACGCUUCGGCGACACGCCACGGUACACACGCGGGAGCGACCUUACGAGUGCCGCUACUGCCUGCGCAGAUACACGCAGUCCGGGGACCUCUACCGCCACAUCCGCAAGGCCCACAACGAGGAACUGGCCAAGCGCAGCAAACCGGAUCCAGAAGCUGGCCCCCUGCUCGGCAGUGGGCCGCCUCUCCCCGGCUCCCCGACACCAGACAGACCGAGCGGUGCUGGGGGAGGGCCACCCAAAGAUUUUGUACUUGGCCCCCCAAAUUAACAUGGGGGUGGGAGGUGAAAGUAGGAGCAGUUACGAGGCCUGCUCGGACCACCUUUUUGGGUGGGACAGCGAAGAAGGCUGGGGGCACUCUUGCUGGGAGGACAGGCCGGUGGAGACACCCUGUCUUUUUCCUUCAGCUUAAGAGCACGGGACUGCCUGGGACUUCUGCGGUGUGUUUGUUCACGUCCCACCCUGCACCCGGACCAUAAAGUGAACAGUGGAAGUGGCCUUCUUUGAA